CUCGUACUCAUCUUUUUUUUUUCUGAUACACUCCAGCAGUUUUUCUGACUGACUUGUUUUUCUAAUGACCUCCCUGACACAGAAAAGCAGCUACAAUGAGUGCAUUGUCCAGGAUAACCUACAUGUCAAGCCUGACUUGCCAGCAACUGCCUGCCAGGGAACCCACAACCAAUCAAGUUAGUGUGUAUGCUGUUCAGAAAAAAAAGAGGAAAUUAAAAAGAGGGGAGCUAUAUAAAUAAAGUUAUAUUUUUACUUAAGAUCAAACAAAUAACUAAUGCAUCAUUCAUUUCCCUUGUGUACAGCUUCCACACAGACUGUCAUCAAUUUCAUCAAUACGUGCGUUCCUGUACUUAUUGACGGAGGGGGUUAACUUCUGUUAACAUUUGUCUAAUUUGAUACAAGGAGGGCUUGGGGAACACCCCACUCCCCCUGACCCACCGCCCUUUUCUUUCCCUCCCUUUAAUUAUCACUGCAGAACCAGGGCUCCUGGACUUCUCGGUGUCUGACUUUUAGAGAAAACAGAGCCAUUCACGUGUUGCUUACAGACAGAAAUAUACGUGAAGACGUGCAUCCAAAACCUUCUGAUUGAUACAGCGCCUUAAAGUUGGACCUUUUACACUUGUUGCCAGACAAAGCAUAGCGGAUAUAUUCUAGGCACACUAAAUGAGGAUUAUCAUUAAGGAAAUUCUUUACUCUUUGCUGAUGGAAGUGAGAUGAAAAAAAGGACUUCUUAAAGCUAACUAGAUGCACUAAACGCUGAUUUGCUGAUUUCUUGUUGAAACGUAACAUUUCUCCAGAUCACAACUCUUCUACAGGACCCAAUCUGUGCCACUUGCUCGUUUGUUCUUACUCUUGUUUCGGUGUUGCGGAAGAGGACAAAACUUUCUCAGGUUCAAGAAGGAAGGUAUUCAUUACAGGUUAUUUUUGAAUUGGACAACUAUUUUUGGAGAACUCUGGCUGCAGGUCAGUGCGUGGUACCCUAAAAACAACAUGGGGAUUGUCUUUUGGAUGUUUUCUCUUCUGGCUCUUCCAGUACUUCAGUCUGCCAAGAUCCUGACUGUCUGUCUAAUUGGUGAGUAAAGGAGCUCUUAUUGUGAAUGGACUCUCUAAUAGCUGUAGUAGAGGUGUAACUCUAAGUCUGGUAAGUAGAAAAAAAAGUUAUAGAAAUGUCUUGUUAAAAGACUUGGUGAAGGAAAGACACUAUUAGAGUUUGUAAGAAUUAUUAUAGUUUGUUGUAAAUAAAAAGCGCUACGCUUGGAUGAAAAAGUCAUUUCUCUGUGAUUUUUUCUUCUCUCCUCUCUGCUAGGAGGAAGCCACUACUUGUUAUUAGAUGAAAUUUCUCAUAACUUACAUCAGCAUGGCCAUGAGGUCCGCAUGCUCUUGCAACUUGGCAACCCUGUCAUUACAGGUUUCUCCUAUGUCGGCCGGGCAGACAGUUACCAAACCAGCACCUGGUCCUUAGGAGAAGAAUAUAUCAAAGAAUAUAACGGCUGGUUCCUGCAGCAACAAACACAGUUUUUUCUUGGAAGGGAUACUUUUAAUAACUUUCUAAACUUCAUGGGCCACCUGUCCUAUCAGUGCGACAAGCUUUUAGAGGACAAAGAGAUAAUACCUUUCUUAAAGAAGGAACGCUACGACAUCGCCAUCCUUGAUGCUUUUAAUCCCUGUUCCUUCAUCCUGGCACGCAAACUUGGUGUCAACUACAUAGCUUUCUAUCCUGGCACUAUAAACGGUCCUCUGUCCAUUGCUCUCCCAAGUCCAGUCUCCUACAUCCCAGUCUUUAGCUCCCAGCUGUCUGACCACAUGAGCCUCUGGGGUCGCACAAAAAACCUCUUUUAUUCAUUCUUGGCCCCCUUGGGUCAGGCAUGUGUAUGGGCAACAUUUAAGGAAGUAGCUGAGCGCCACCUUGAGUCAGGCUCACCCCCUGGUGGUCUGGAGGAGUUACAUCAGGGAGCUGAACUCUGGGCCUUCAACACUGACUUUUCAUUAGAAUUCCCGCAGCCACUUAUGCCCUACACUGUUCUGGUGGGAGGUCUGCUGAAUAAACCUGCGAAGCCUCCAGAACAGGAUCUUGAGUUGUGGAUCUCCAGUUUUGGAGAGUCAGGUUUUAUUGUCGUCACACUGGGAUCAAUGGUCUCUUCAGUAUCUGUGGACCUUCUACUGGAGGAGCUGGUAGCUGGCUUCUCCAGGAUCCCACAGGGGGUUCUCUGGAGGUACGACCAAAAACGAUGGCCAUCUCAGCUGGACAGACCUCCCAACCUCAGGCUGGUGGACUGGCUGCCUCUUAAUGACCUGCUGGGACACAAAAAAACACUUCUGUUUAUCACCCAUGGUGGACAGAACAGCCUGCUCCAGGCAGUGUACCAUGCUGUUCCAGUGCUGGCAAUCCCUCUGUUUGGGGACCAGUUUGAUAAUGUUGUGAGGGCUGAAACAAAGGGACUUGGCCUCGCCAUCAACCCCACAUACGUCACCAGAGAGCUGCUCAGCACCACUAUUUGCACAUUAAUACAGGACAAAGGGUUCAAGUCUUCAGCUUUGACCCUUAGCAGGAUCCACAAAUCCCAUCCGGUCCCUCCAGCUCUUCGACUGGUCCAGUGGGUGGAGCACAUCCUGCACACUGGAGGGGGAAAACAUCUAAGGCCAGCAUCCCUAGAGCAACAAUGGUACCAGAGAUACCAGUUUGACUUGAUGCUCCUUCUCUCUUUGGGGCUUCUUGGACCUGUAGUGCUCUGCUGGACUUUGUGUAGGAACAAGAACAUCAGGGAUGAACACAAAAAGACGAAGUAGCAACACUAAACACUUCCUCUUCACUUCAGCUCAGAUCCAUAACUCAGUUCUUUGAAACUUGUUCUUCUUGGGCUUCUUGUUUUCUUUACCACUAAUAUGAUAGAAAAUAAAAAGCUGCAGAAAUACAACUUUUAAAAGUUUUUUUUCAGAAAAGUCUCUGCAUCUGUCACAAGCAAAGCUGCAAAGUAAUACAAAGCAGAAUUAAACAUUAAAAGGUC